CUGAAUAUGUGCUUGUCUCAUGUUUUGGCAUAUUUUUCACCUAGCAUCUUCUUUUUUUAUGGCUUGAAACAGCUCCUAAGAAAUAGAAUGGAAGGAGAUGAGGACUCUGAUGAAGAUCUCACUGAAUAUGCUGUUCAGUUUAGUAUCCAGGAGUCCCUCGAUACUCAACGGAAUCAGCAAAGGACUUCUCCCAGUCAUGAGACAAGGUUUGUACCUGUCAGUGAUCAGAACAAGAAACUUGUAGCUGCCAUAAGAGAAGGAGUAGUCUUUGAUCUUCAAAACUAUGUAAAAUGCAAAUAUGCUCUGGAUGAGGCUGAUGAGAGAGGCUGGUUUCCUUUACACGAAGCUGCUGUUCAGCCAAUUCAGCAAAUACUUGAAGUCAUCUUGGAUGCAUCUUAUAAAAGUAUGUGGGAAUAUAAGACAUGUGAUGGAGAGACACCAUUAACUUUGGCAACCAAAUCUGGUCACGUGGAACAUGUCAGGACCUUGUUGGCAAAAGGAGUUUGGCCAAACACCAUGAACAGAAAAGGAGAAACACCUCUUCUGAUUGCUGUAAGACAGAAAUCACAUGAAAUGGUUUCCAUUCUAAUCGAGUACAAUUGUGUCAUCAACCAACCAUGUGUUAAACGAUGGUCAGCCAUGCAUGAAGCUGCAAAACGGGGCUGCAGUGAUAUUGUUGCCCUUCUUGUGAAGAAUGGUGGAAAUGUGCAACAGAAAGAUGGUUACGGAGUAACACCUUUAGGUGUGGCUGCUGAAUAUGGACACUGUGAUGUAUUGGAGUAUUUAAUUCAUAAAGGUGGUGAUAUUAACAUAACAGCUGAUGAUGGAUCAUCAAUACUCUUUGAAGCAGCUGGUGGUGGCAAUCCUGAUUGUAUAGCUUUGCUGUUGGAAUAUGGGGGAAGUGGCAAUCUGCCUAAUAAGGCAGGGCAUCUUCCAAUACACAGAGCAGCAUAUGAAGGACACUAUCUAGCCUUGAAAUUCCUGAUUCCAGUUACAUCCAAAAGUGCAAUCCGGAAAAGUGGGCAGAGUCCCAUGCAUUCAGCAGCAGAUGGCCAAAAUCCCCAGUGCCUGGAACUCCUAAUUGAAAAUGGGUUUGAUGUCAACGUUCUUCUGGCAGAACACAUUUCCCAAAGUUAUGAUGAUGAAAGGAAAACGGCACUUUAUUUUGCAGUUUCCAACAAUGACAUUCUCUCCACUGAAAUAUUAUUGCAAGCUGGCGCAGACCCCAAUAAGGAUCCUCUCAACUGCCUUCUUGUGGCUGUGAGAGCAAACAACCAUGAAAUUGUACGGUUGCUUCUUUCUUAUGGUGCAAAUGUCAACUGUUAUUUUAACCUUGUGAAUGACACUCAUUUUCCCAGUGCCAUUCAAUAUGCCUUGAAUGAUGAAGUCAUGCUAAGGUUGCUGCUUAACCAUGGAUAUAAUGUGGACCUCUGUUUUGACUGCAUGCAUGGCGAUAUCUUUGGAAAUUCUUUUUUGUGGACAACAACAGAGGAAGAGAUAUUACCAGGCUGGACAUCUUGUGUAAUUGAAGAUAACCCCUUCUGUGACUUUAUUACACUUCCUUGGAUGAAACAUUUAGUUGGACCCAUUGUCCGUAUUUUGAUAGAUUAUAUGGAUUAUGUUCCUCUCUGCACUAAACUUAAAUUUGUCAUGGAGACUCAGAAAGAAUGGCCAGAAAUCCAGCAAAUAUUAGAGAAUCCUCGUCCACUAAAACAUUUGUGCCGCCUGAAAAUACGUAAAUAUAUAGGAUUAGUGAGAAGAGAGAUGACUCUAUCCGUGAAGAAUCUUCCCCUCCCGCCAAUUUUAAUGGAAUUUAUCCUCUUCAAAGAAUAUGAUCUUUAUGGAAAAGAAUUACAUUUGGAAUGAUUAGAAUCCUAGACGCAUUCCCUUGCUUAUUCCCAAUUUAAGAAAGCUUUGGAUCAGAAUAUCUAAAUUGCCAAAUAUGAGAUGGCUUCUAAAGAUUUCCUUAGGGCCAUGGAAGAUUUCCUUAGGGCCAUGGAAGAUUUCCUUAGGGCCAUGGAAGAGAUUUUUUUAUACCUUACACUGAAUGUUUUUGGAGGGAAAUGACAUUGCUUCAUUUCCAUUUGUGUCAUAGAAGCAGGAGACUUUACAUAUGGGAACUCUUAUAUCAAUUUUAUACUUAUGUACAGUAUUUGCAGAACUGUGCUAGUUUUCCCUCUUGGU